AUGGCUAACACGUACGACAAGGCCAUACCCUUUGGUAGCGCAGAUCUCGAAGUCACAGGGCUAUUCAAAAGGGGCAAGCUAGGAGGAAACGACCUGCCACUCAUUGUAUUGAUCCAUGGUGGGGCAGUUAAUGCGGCAUACUUUGACAAUUCAAGUUUCUCUUAUCCUGCUAUCUUGAGUGAACGAGGUCACAAUGUUCUAAACAUUCAGCGAUCGGGAUACGGUGACAAUCCCAUUCCGAGGACUCAAACGCCGAUCAUCGACUCAAUCCCUGUCAUCACCAAUCUGAUCGGUCAAGUCUACCGAAAUGAAGUGGGGAACCAAGAAGGCGUGAUCAUUUUCGGUCAUUCACUGGGAGCAGCCACCACAUUCGCAAUUGCAGCCCAAUCGGAACUUCCAUUUCCCCUGCUCGGAGUUGGCGGCUUGGGUAUUGUGCCUUCACUCGGGAAAACUGGCUUCCUCCCAGAUGUCGACCCAGCACCUGAGGGAGAUCGGAUAGUAAUUCCAGACAUUGGAAAAUUGUUCUCGCUUAUGUUUGGACCGAUUGAAUAUAUUGACGGCAAUCUUCUUACGGCGGAUGCGCUAUUCUCGUCCUCUCAAGCUGGUGUUAAGAGUGAAAUCAAAGAGUUUGAAGCUGGAUGGUACAAUCGUCUGACUAAGGAGAUAUUCCCAGCAGUCAAGGUACCAGUCCAAUACCUUGCAGCGGAAUACGAAAUAGCCUGGCAAGGUUUGGAUGAAGCUCAGCCCAAAUUCGACCGACUUGCGAAGCUCUUUACACGUUCACCAUAUGUUGAAGCUGAAUUAUUACCGAAAGGCGGCCAUAACUACGAAUUCAGCAAAAACUCCCCUAAGCUCCUCGACUUGAGGCUCGAAUUUAUAUCAAAAAUGACUGAACGAGCCAAAUUAUAUUCUACGGCUUUUUCCUCAAUCCCAGUAUUAGACUUUGCUCAAUCUUUAUCUCCCUCGACAAAACCGGAAUUUCUUGCAAACCUUCGUGCAGCAUUGGUGAAUGUUGGAUUUUUCUAUCUAACAAAUCCGCUCGUAUCGCCAACUAUUCAAGAGGACUUUACAAAGAAAGGAAUCGAGCUAUUUGAUUUACCGUUAGAAAAGAAACUAGAGAUUGAAAUGGUCAACAGUCCUCAUUUCUUGGGCUACUCGAAACUUGGAGCGGAGAUAACUGCCCUCAAGACCGACUACCGCGAGCAAUUCGAUUGGCCCGAUGAAGAAGCUAUUCCGGGUUUCCGUAACUCACUUGAGCAAUAUUUGGCCGAAGUGAGCAGAUUAGCAGUAUCAUUUAUAUCACUCGUUGCAGAAGCCCUUGAUCUCCCGCCCACAGCAUUAAACCAAGCAUUCGAAACUCCUCAACAGCACAAGCUCAAAAUUAUUAAAUAUCCCGCCCCAGCUACUGAUGACAAGACCGGGUCCAAAUUUCAAGGAGUUGGUCCUCACAAAGACUCCGAAUUCCUCACUUUUCUUCUCCAGGCUACACCGCAUCAUGGUCUGGAGGUACAGAAUAAAGCAGGCGACUGGGUUUCUGCACCUCCCAUCCCAGAUUCUUUCGUCGUGAACAUUGGUCGAGCCCUCGAGGCGUUAACUGGCGGUGUUUGCACAGCGACUACCCAUCGGGUUUCUCUUAGAAGCGAAAACUUUGUUGAUUCUGACGGCAAUGAUUUGGGGCCAAGAUUCUCAUUUCCGGUCUUUCAAGGAGUAAGCCCCAAUCUUUCAGCCGACAAGAUCGACCUAGUUAUUCCAAAGCAUAUACGUGAAUUAGUGAAGGAUGAGAAAGUAAAGUCCGACGCCGAAGCAACAUUCAAUCAAAUGUUCAGAACAUGUAUCGGCGAAGGAAACUUGAUCGCUCGAGUGACCAGCCACCAGGACGUCGGACAAAGAUGGUAUCCUGAUAUUCUGGCGCGCGCUCUUAAAGGCCAGCAAGAUUUCCUUGCCCGAUAG